AUGGGGAGAGGUUGUGGCGAGAUCGUGCACGGAGCCUUCACUGUGUGCAGCCACUACGAUGACCCCUUGCAGCCGGUGACCCAGGACGAGACGGUGUCUGUGGGCGGCACGGUAACCCUGACCUGCCGUGUGGCAGCGAGUGACAACUCCUCCUUGCAGUGGUCCAACACGGCCCAGCAGACCUUGUACUUUGGAGAGAAGAGAGCUCUGAGAGAUAACCGUAUCCAGCUCCACCGGUCUACAGGCACAGAGCUGUCCAUCACCAUCGGAAAUGUACAGCUGUCAGACGAAGGAGAAUACACCUGCUCUAUCUUCACAAUGCCUGUCCGCACUGCCCGCGCCACCGUCACCGUGCUAGGGGUCCCUGAUAAGCCCCAGAUCUCUGGCUAUGAAGACACUGUCCAGGAGGGGGGUAAGGUCACCCUCACCUGCACCAGCUCCGGGAGCAAGCCCCCCGCCAAACUACGCUGGUACAGGAACCAGGAGGAACUUACAGACUUUAUGAGAGGAGAGCAUCCCCCUGGUGUUGGAGACUUUAUGAGAGGAGAGCAUCCCCCUGGUGUUGGAGACUUUAUGAGAGGAGAGCAUCCCCCUGGUGUUGGAGACUUUAUGAGCUCAACCCUGUGUGACAGUUAA